CCUGUAACUCACAUCCGAGGCUGGGCGAGGAACGGAGAGGAGAUUUUCCUCAUGCUCACGGUGGUUGGCAUCUGGAAGAGGGAGAGGCCGGAGGAAGGGGAUUCGUGGCGCCGUCCGCCUACUACGAGACUGACCCGGGGAGGGGGCGCCUAGAUUCGCACCUUUUCUUCUUCGUGGGGAUUCGGAACUGCAGGUUCAACCCGAUCCCACUGAACCCUGGAGAUUGAUUAUAAAAAAUAAUAAUCGACACUGGAGAAGGGAAGCUGUGUCCUCGGCUGUCUCUCCCGGAGGUGGUAUUGGUGUGUGAGUGUGUGUGGUGGUUUUUUUUUUUCCUUUUCCUUUCUUUUCUUUUCUUUCUUUUUACUCUUUUCUUUUUUUCUUUUUUUUCCUCUUUUUUUCCCUCCUUCUCUCCUAGGGGCUCCACAAUGGCAGUCUUCUCUCAGUAAGAUGAAUCCUGCUUCGCUUCUGCUGCUGACCCACCCAUCCUCAUAGCGACCAAGUGAAAGGCUAUGGUUUUCUCCCCGAUUAGUUUUGAUCUCAGUUGGGAUUUCUUUGCUUUUUUGUUUGGCUUCAUGCUGAAAAAGGAUUUUUCCCCCAACCCGUUGGUAAUAAUCCAGUGGUGAGCAAAGGGGGAUAAAUCAUUCACCCUGGCCGAGAAAAAACAAUCGCUGAGAAGUCUCAAAGAAAUAUACCACGUGAGGGGAAAAAACUGGGAGAAGAUCCGGAAUAUUAUCGUUUUUCCUAUGGUAAAACCGGUGCCCCUCUUCAGGAGAACUGAUUUCAAAUUAUUAUUAUGCAACCACAAGGAUCUCUUCUUUCUCAGGGUGUCUAAGCUGCUGGAUUGCUUUUCGCCCAAAUCAAUGUGGUUUCUUUGGAACAUUUUCAGCAAAGGAACGCAUAUGCUGCAGUGUCUUUGUGGCAAGAGUCUUAAGAAAAACAAGAACCCAACUGAUCCGCAGCUCAAGGGUAUAGUGACCAGGUUAUAUUGCAGGCAAGGCUACUACUUGCAAAUGCACCCCGAUGGAGCUCUCGAUGGAACCAAGGAUGACAGCACCAAUUCCACACUGUUCAACCUCAUCCCAGUGGGACUGCGCGUCGUUGCCAUCCAGGGGGUGAAGACAGGGUUGUACAUAGCCAUGAAUGGAGAAGGUUACCUCUACCCAUCAGAACUUUUUACCCCUGAAUGCAAGUUUAAAGAGUCUGUUUUUGAAAACUAUUAUGUAAUCUACUCCUCCAUGCUGUACAGACAACAGGAAUCUGGUAGAGCCUGGUUUUUGGGAUUAAAUAAAGAAGGGCAAGCUAUGAAAGGGAACAGAGUAAAGAAAACCAAACCAGCAGCUCAUUUUCUACCCAAGCCAUUGGAAGUUGCCAUGUACCGAGAACCAUCUUUGCAUGACGUUGGUGAAACGGUCCCGAAAACUGGGGUGACGCCAAGUAAAAGCACAAGCGCGUCGGCAAUAAUGAACGGAGGCAAACCAGUCAACAAGAGCAAGACCACAUAGCCAGAUCCUCACGAGUGGUGUGACUUUCUCGUCCUGAGCACAGUUGAGUGAUUUAUCCUUCCCAGACAUUCCUCUCCGGGGCUGAGGAGCAGGGGCGGGGAGCACGCGGAUGCUUUCCCUUUGCUGUCCCAGAACUUCUUUGUUGCAAACGGAUAAAUCUCAACCUGUGGCCCCCACGCAAGAAGACACCUGGACAACCAGCUAAACUCAGACCAUGGAAUGCCCUACCAGAUAUGGAAUGCCUUUUUACUAUCUUUUCUGUGACUGUGACACUUCAUGUGAAUGACGUACUUCACAAGUACUCAAUUCCUUGCCUGCUGACAGCUCCCCCAUAAUCCUUUUUGAGUCCUGUUUCGGCGAAAUCCAUGUGUUUAAGUUCAGUUUUGUAGCACACUAAUAAUAUUGAGUAAUUUCUAGUUAGAAGCUGUAAAACUGUGCUAUUAUGGAUUUCUCUCCUCCUCACUUUCACAGGGCUGCUCGCUCCACUGUCUGUGACCUUUUGCAGGGAUCGGGUUCCUCUAAAUCUGAGAGGUUGCAGUUGGCUUAGUUCGGAGAGCAGUCAGGGAAUCAGGAAGCCUUCUACACCUAUUAUUACCAAUUGCAUCUCUAAAGAUUAAGAAUGUUGUCUCUGGCUCACGUUACUGAUUAAACACACAUAUACGCUCUGUCCAGUAGCAGAUAACGCGCUCCCGAGGUUGGCAUUGGCUGAAUGGGAUGAGGGCCAAACACUGUCCAUGGAAAGCGCUCUGCAUAUGUGUUUGACAUGCCCUCUAGUUUCUCUGUGUGUGUGUGUUUUCUACAUAUCACAAGCUUACUGGUAAUGGUAACAUUUGCCUUGCCCAGCGAGCAAGACCCACUAGUUUUUGAGAAAGUGGGUCCAAAGAAUUCUGUAGGCCUUGUAGGCCUGAUUAAGGUUCAUUUUUCAUCUAUUAAUCUUCAUUAUUGGGGGAAAUAAAAGGUGGAGGAUCCAUCAUUACGACCUAUGAAGUAUUGCGCUACCUAAAUCCAUUUCCAAUCAACUCCUUCUUGUUUUUAAUGAACCAAACUAAUGCCAUCCCUGUUUUGGGCUGCGUUCCACUCAUACCCAGCCAAGCAUGGGCAAGGCGCCUGUUGAGUUCUUUUCUGCAGCAGCAAUGCAAACGUAAGGUAUAAAUUAGACUUUAAUAUUUUUGGUGUUUAAUGACAAGUUUUUAAACUGGACAUAUUAGGAAAAAAAUAUUUUUUUUAGCUCGGCAUGCUGAGUCCGGUGCCACGGACCUCACGGGGACAUACCACUAGCUCAGCCUCCUGGGCCCCCAGUUGCCCCCUGGCUGGGUUAGAGGUGCCUUGCCAUGAUCUCAGAAUUAUCCUAGAAAAAAAAAAUAAAGGAAAACCAACACACUCAAAUAUCAGGUUUUGGGGCCACCAAAAGCUUUGAUUUCGCUUUCUUAGUUCCUUUUUGAUUGACUACUGCUAAACUCUGCGCUUAGGGAAGACGGUACCAACGAGGGCAGGAAUAGUUGACUACUCAGUGAAGAAUCCAUGCAAAACGUUCAACAUUGGAUAUAAUGAGCUUCACAAUGUUUAAUACUCAACUGUUUGGAAAUAUGUUUGUUAACUCUAUGUACUCUUAAUAAAAUUCAGUGUUUUCUUCUCAGAGGAGUUGAGACCAAACUGAACCCCGUUUACAGAAAACAAGCUGUGAGAUCAAUGUACUGGCCUCUUGUGAUUAUUUCCAGGUGGAAGGAUAACCCAAUUGCCAUUUCCCCCAUCUGCACUGUAUUUACUGGGAAAUUAUUUUGUCAUUGCUUUCAUAGAUCUCCAUGGCAGCCCUUGCCCAGCAUUUAAAAUUUUUGGCCUGCUUAGCUGAUUAAAAGUUCAGUAUAAAUUUAAUGUUCAUGCUUAUUUCAUUUUCAUAUUGGAUUCCAGUUUAAUAAAUAAAAAGUCAGCUAACAUUUGAGUAAUUUGUCAAUAAUGUUAAACUACAAAUACAACAAAAUUAUUCCUUUAUCCAUUCUGGAUUUGGUGUCUUACCAUUUUUAAACCCAUUAUUUUUAAGUUAAAAAUGUAUUAGAUGAAGUCCAUUAACCACUUCUUUAGGAAAGACAUAUAUCCCUUAAUAUGUGGCAAACUAUGAAUAAUUUGUAUUUCCAAUUAAAUGGGCUUUGUAGACACUGCUUUCACCACUACACACACACACACACACACACACACACACACACACACACACACACACCAAUUAUAUGUUUUUGAUAAUCAGCUUGUCGUUUCUUUAUCCCUUGCAAACCUGUUUAUUGGUUAAAAUUAAGAUAAGGUUUAUUUUUGUAAAUGACUGAGAUUUAUGUAAAUGUGUACCUUUUUUGUUUUUUUAUGGGUGUUCUAUAGGGGCAUUCAUCACCAAGACCGGGUGUCAGAGUACUUUCUUCUAAUACAUGUUUAGACAUACUGCAGAGGGAUCUUUGUUACCUGUAAUUUAGUUAGAUCAUUUGCCCUGUGUCUGGUCUCACCUGUUGCAUGGCAAGAGGACAGCACCAAUGAACUGCAUGUAGUAGGAACCUGUGUAUCAAGAGCUGUUGGUAUGUAUCACUCAAUUUACAUACAAAGCGUUUGUCUGCGUUGUACAGUUUCUGUGUUUACUACCAUUUGUUGUAUUCACAAAUACAACAUAUCGAAUAAAAUAUUUAUAAGAAGGCAUAUGAAUAAACAUCCAACAACUUUAUGUAACAAAAUGACAUUGCAUCACCCACUUAUAUAGAGAAAUGUCAUGUAAGUAAGUUGGUAAACACAAUCUCCCCCUUUACCAUGCCAAAGAAAAUUUUAGCUCUUUGAUGAUACCUCUCUUCCUACUCUUCCAGGAUAAGACUUCAUCAUUUUUUUUUCCUUCAGAAAUUAAGUUUGCUGUUUUGCAAUCUGUCACUCUGGCUGUUCUGUAUAGUGAAGCUGAUGGAAUUCAUUUGUAUUGAUAGACCAUGUGUUUCAUAUCUCCAUGUACAUAUGUCCAUUGUAUCAAGUCUCACUAAUACCCCAUUUUUUCUGCAUGCAUAUCUGGUAUGGGAGGGUGAUUCCUGCUGGUUUGUUAUGUAGCUGAGUGCUCUACCCACCUUCAACAAUACUCAAAAGUGUAACUUUUUGAUAUUUUAAGUGAUAUCAUUUUUAUAGUAAGUCUACUUUCUAAGAUUUGCUACCACCCUUACUUGGAAAAAUUAUAGAAGAAAUGCAAGUGGUCCAUCCUAUGUAAAGAGUAAAGUAGAACUUAGCAUCAUUUCAUUAUGGAACUUGGUGAAUUUAGAAAUUCUUGCUUGAAGUGUUUGUGUGUUUUUAUUGUUUUGGGGUAGGACUAGCUGAGAUCCACAAUGGGCCUAAAGGACUCCUUCUCCAGUGCUUCUAAUUGUUGAAUUCUUGGCAAGUAUAAAGAGGUACUUUUUAUCAUCUAUCCACUUGAUUUAUUGCUGCUUAAAGCACUACAACAAUCACUUUAUCAAGAUGAUAGUAGCAGAUUUAGUUUUGAUAACAGAAAACAUAAAAUGAAAACUUUGUUAUUUAAGUUACACAUGUAUUGCUUCAUUUAUAGUUUUUUCCCUAAUAUUGCAGAAGUAAUGUUGGAUGAGACGGGGGGGGGGCUAACUCAUAUUCAGAGAUUAAGAGGAGGUGAAAAUACUUUAAAAUUAUUUUCAGCUUUAUUUUAGGAAGAAAGAAUGGAUAUCCAGGGUAAUAUUAAUCUAAAGGCUUACUUAUUUUCCAAAACCCAGGCAUACCAAAAUGAAGAAUGUAAAUAAUGUUACAUUAGAGUAAAAUACAUUCCAUAGCUCAGGAUUUUAGGUUACAAAGUUGGCUGACUCUGGAAUACAGAGUAGAAUUUCAAAGUUUUGAUAGUUGAAUCUUCAAAGAAAGGCUUAUUUAUUUAUAUUUUGGCUUUGUUUCUUUCUUGGUUUUCAGAAAGUGUUUCUCGUGUCUUCUAUCAGAGACCAUGUUGGAGUUGUGGUCAUAAGACCACUGCAUUUAGUACACUCUAGACCAGGGGUUAGGAACCUUUAAGAGCUUUCAAUGACAAUAUUUGGAGUGCUGAAAACGCAUGCCGAAAGUUCAACAUCGCUGCUUUAGAUUUUAGGUGAGAUCAGGAAACCCACAAAGGCAGCUACAAUGAUUCUUUAUUUUUAGGACUUUGGUUGGAUUUUAUUGAAUAAAAAGUCUGUGGAGGUAUUCCUCUGUGAAGGCUUGCCAAGCAAGUAGCAUCAGUGCUAGCACCAUCAGUAAAUUUCUUGGCAUCAUCCUCACUGACAUUAAUCUCACUGCAAUUUUUCAAAAUGAUGAAUCCAACUCCCCCCCCAUUACAAAUGUGUCCUUUUCCUGCCUUUUUAAAGAAUAGAGGCUCAAUCUUAGUAAUAAGAAUAAAGUCAAACAAAAAAUUCACAUUUAAGAGAGGUGUAAGUUAUAAUUUUACACAUAACUAUUUUUUCAUCUAAAACCUGAAAAUUCAAUCCCUUCUUUACAGAUAUACUGAUGUUGUCAUUGUUAGAGUGAAAGCCCCUCCCCACACACACUAUUGCAGCAGACACAAAGAAGUGAAAAAAUAUUUGUUUUUAUAGAAAACAUAUUCAUUAGAGUUUAGAUACCAUAUGACUUAUGUUAUAGUUCAGGUUUUGCUUUAUAAAUUGUAAUUUAUUCCUGGGACAUAAUUAACUGUACAUAUUUUCAUCUUUGUCCAAAUGUGAGGAAAAAUCACAUUUUGAAUUUAUGAUGUAAUAACUUCUCCAACAUAUGAAGUCUUUUCCUUAGAAUACAGAAAUGUGAGGACAUUGUUGGCAUGAAAAUAUAAAAAAUACUUUGUUGUCAUUGCUAUUAAUGACAAGGAAUAAUGAUAUAGAGAGAAUUGUACAAAAUAAGACACACCUGAGUUUAUGUGAUGAGCCACAAGGAAUUAUGGGUACUACCAGUGAAGCAGAAUUUGCCCGACUGUACUCAGCUCUUAGCCAAACCCAGCCCUCAGUCUGUUUUUGUAGUGCUUGGCUGUUUGGAUGAACUUCUGUGUACUGUAUUUUGUAUUUUUAAAAAAUAUUCAGUGUAAACAAUCAAAGAAGACGCUAGAGUGAUGAUGUGAUUCACAGUGUAAAAUCUUUACUGUUCCGUUGUUUACAGAAGCAUAAGGACUGCAGUAGAGAACCCUGAAGAUCCAGUUGUAUUACAAUGGCUGAAUCAUGUAAUGAGUCCCAAUUCUGUACAUCACCAAAUAAACCAUCAAAUUUACUUUUGAAUGAUUGUGGUAGGUUGGCUUGAGACUUAAAAUGUUUAUAGAGAAAAGAGGAAGCAGUGUAAUCUGUAUUUUUUCUGACUACCCAUAUUACCCUCACUUUACAAAGCUGAUACAUCAGUCAACAUGCCUCAAUAAGAGAGAUAAACUGGUCUCAUUCCCUAAUCUCAAGACAGAACAAUUUUAAAAAUUAUUAAAUUAUAAGAAUAUUAUUAGUACUAUACAAAUCAGCAUCAGUUAAAUUUUCUCUCAAAAUAGUUUCAAUAUGGGAUUUUUUUAAGUAACAUAGUGAAUGCAUACUUUGCUUAAUUUUGAUGAUUUGUGCUACAAAGUCCAAGCCAUGGCUCUAGAAUAUUUACAUCUUAAAUAUAAUAUUUCCAAGUAAAAGCUUUCAUCCUAAAACAAUAUUGAAAUGAUUUUGCUACAUUAUUUUAGGACUUUGCAAAACAAUCCAUAUUUAGAUACAAAUGUGUUUUUUUAACUCUAAAUAAUUAAACAUUGCCUAAACUAAUGUAUGAAAGUAGAUCUAAUUAUAUAUCUGUAAGGGAAGUCCCAAUAAUUGUACAUUUUCAUAAUUCAUUGUGGAUUUCCACACAAAGUUCUACCAUUAAGAAAAUAAACAUUUUUUUAAUCACUGAAUGAAUAUUUCUAAUUUCUAUUUAAGCCAUAUCUAUCUUUUUGGUCUCUUUCUGAGCUUUUGGGAUAGACGGCAUUUUGGCUUCUUUGCAUGACCCUACUUUUCCUAAGAAAAGUGACUCAAGAGAAAUUAACUCCUAUUUCAGAUUUAUCAUAUUUCUAACUAAAUGCCGUCUUUAUGAUUUCUUGCACAUAUACUCACUGCCUAGUUUCUAAAAUGUGGUAGUUUAGGAACCUAAAAAUGAAUAUCCUUGAAUAAUAAUUCAUUGUUGUUGUUACUUUUUAAUAGGUAAAAAACAUAUAUUGACACAGAAUGUAAACGACUUACAUCAUUAUUUAUUUAAAAAGUUAAAUUGUACAUUUUUCAUAAUUUCUUCCUUUAUCUUAAGAGAAUCGUCUUUUUUGAGUUUAAGGGGAGAUAGCCAAUGACUCACUUGAUAUAUGAACAAGUUUUUCCCCCACUUAGGAAGCAUUUGAGAUCUGCUUAUGCUCUAACCAACAGUAUACCUUAUAUGUUUCUGUUCAUUGACCCACUUGGACAUGCUGAGUGAUAAGAAGUCCUACAAAAAUCUGAUUGAUGGAUUUACAUGAGAAUGAAUCUUUUCCUUAGAUUGUAACAUGAUCAUUGUCAUCAAUGUAGCUUUCUAAAAUUUAUGCUAUUCAGGCUUCUCAACUUCAGUACUAUGAGACAUUUGGAUCCAGAAAAUUCUUUGCUGCAUGGCAGUCUUGUGCACUGUAGGGUGUUUAGCACCAUCUUUGACCUCUAUCUGUCAGAUACCCAAAGCACACCCUCACCCAGUAUGAAAAUCAUCACUGUCUAUAGCCAUGGCUGAUGUCUUCUACAUGGCAAUACUGUUCCCAUCAGGAGCUGCUGCUGUUAAUUGAAAGAAUGGUUCUAUCUAGUGCUAUUUAUACCAGAGUUAUCUGAAGUCAUCUUAAGUGGGUACCCAGGUUUCAUUCAGAAAGUCAGAAAUAGAAAAACAUACAAUAGUCUGUUAAAUUGGUCCUAGUGUGGAUUAUAAACGAUUUUCUUUGUAUUUAUAUGUUCUAAUACUCUAAAAAGAUAAGAAUCCAGUCCUCUCCCAUGGAAUUAUUAAGGGUAUUCUGUGCCAAGCCAGAUUUCACAUGCAUUUCCAUUCCAGCCAUCCCAGCAUUCACAGUUGCCACAGUUACAUAUUCCAUUCCCUGCAAUGAAAUACAGAAUCAUUAUUAGGGUCAAAAUAUACCACAGCAAAAUAGGCUGUUAGAAGCUCUACCUGUUGAUAAGGAGAGCUAUCUCAUCGCCCUCUCUGGGGUGUGUUAUCUGAUGAUCUCAAUACUGCAUUUUAUUAAGCAGCUAGAGAAAAUCUGAUCUUUCAAACAAUGAAAGGCAUCUAUUUGGAGCCAUAACCUAUGAAUCAGGUAGUAACUAUCCUGUACUGCUCCAGUAGGGCUACCAUGCCCUAAUUGUGUGUUUUCUUUGAAAACAAGUUACACCUGAUUUGCAAAUAAAUACUGAAAUACUAUAAGACUCUCAGGCAUAAUAUGAGGAAGGCCAGGGGACAGCAAGUAAGAGUGACAAAAAAUGAUUUUCUAAUUUAAAGCUGUACACAUAUUCAUUUCUAUCUUUAGAUAGAAAGGAAAACAGAAAAAUCUAGGACUUCAUUUUCCUUGUAACUGGUGUAAGCAAAUGUAUUUUACAAGAAAUUACUGAGAUGCAACAAAACAGAAUAGCACUGGUUAUCACAAAGGUGAGCUUUUCUGUAAGUUGACUCCUCCCUCAACACGUUUGCUGUUGCCUGAAAACAACCAACACACUUACUGUAGCCACUUGGAUCCUUCAUAAAAUAAUACUCCAUCUCCUACAUCAUGCGAAAAAUAAAAUAAUUCUCAAGAGACUUUUUUCUCAAUACAUAAAUUCGUAAGUAUCCAUUUGUAGGGUAGGUUACCUUGUAUAAAUUUCCCAGCAAUCAUGUAAUUGUCUUAACUUUGCCAGUGCAGAUUCAAAAACGUUUACUUUCUGCAUAGCGACUUCCUGUUCAGUUGCUACUUGAUUCAGGGAACCUGUCCUGUCUGAUCACCUAAAUCACCAUGUUCUGGGUGUUGUGGGACUCCACUGCAGAGUGUGGGACACAACAGUAAUAGUUCAAUACUGCACCUGUGCAAAUGAGACCAUCAUGUUUGUCGCAGUCUCUGUCAUCACAGUCGCAGAAUUCCCCAGAAAUAUACCACUCCUCGGCAGAACAAAUGCACUUUCCACAGUGACAAGAACCUGAAAUCGCAAAGGGCAUUACUUGCAGUCCCUAUGUAACUAAAGAUUUCCAUUUAGAAUAGAAUACCAUUGACACACAGACAAUAGGCUUCUAACAACCUCUCUUUCAAAGGUAAAAGUUUAUUGAAUAGCUCCUUUCUCAGAGGGAAGUUUCACUUACUGUAAUUCAUAAAGGUCAUCCGCCAAAGCCUUCAUUAUGGAUUGAGACAGUUGCAAUUAGCCCUGGGCAAACGUUCUGUGGCCCAGGCUGGUUGAAAUGUCAAGGAGAACAAAAUGUGGCUGAUUCUUAGAGACAGUCUCAAAAAGGUGUGCAAAAAUACACAGUUUCUCUUCCCCUUUUUGCUUUUAUUUUAUGAACUGAAUCAUGUUUUGAACAUUUCUGUUCUUUAAAGGAAUACAGUAGUAUAUUCUAGUAAACAAAGAUGCAUUUUAUAAAUGAAAUAGCUACUGAGUUAGUGGCUUCAUAAUUUUGGAUUUUUGUUUACCUGGUGUUUUGAAGGAGGUACACACAGGUAUGUGUAGAGGGAGUGAGUAACUAAGUUGUUAUGAGCAUUUACCGUAUCCUCAGGAUUCCCCAUUAUAGUCAAAGGUAGCUGGAAUCACCCCCCCACACCAAAUGUUCACCCUUUCUGAGGCUCUAGGUUCAACCAUUUCAUCCUGCCAUUUCACCUAUCUCCCUUCUUUUAUAACCAUCUUCCUAAUCUUUAAAACUUAUUGCUUAAAAUACUUAGUAAAAUACUUACUGAUUAAAAUACUUAGUUACUAAGAAACUUACUUAGUUACUAAGUAAAGUUACUAAGUAACUAAGUAAGUUACUAAGUACAAUUACUAAGUUAAGUUACUAAGUAAAGUUACUAAGUUACUAAGUAAGUUACCACGUAAAAUACUUCAUUACUAAGAAACUUACUGCUUAAAUACUUAGUAAAAUAUUGACUGAUUAAAAUACUUAGUUACUAAGAAAUAAUUUUAUCAAUGGUAUAUUUUAAACCAAUGAUAAUAUCUGAUUAAAUGGUGUGUCAAAGAAAGAAAGUUCUUUCAAUCUAAACAGCUUUUGUGACAAGCUAAAAUAAAUCUUCACAUAGUAAGAUUCUUUCCAGUACAUCAAGAAAGACAACUUUGAAAUUAGAAAGAACUCCUUUCCAUUUUCUUAGGCUGGUUCUUUUUUCUAAUUGUGAUUUCUUCUUACUAAAAUAUGGUCAUUGCUAAGUUUUUAAUGUCAAAAGCAUCACUUUGAGAUGAUGUAGUACUUAGCAUUGUGAUGUAGUUAACAAAAUUCCAAGAUUAAUAUAAGUUCAAAAUAUAUUAGGAAGCCAUGGCAGGAAUCAAUCUUGAGUCUUUCUCUUGGAACACAGGGACUUAAAAGUCAUUAACGACCUGAAUAAAGUGAUAAGGGAAACGAAGUUAUAUUUAACACACAUAUCCUAGGAGGGUUCAGAUUAAUGUGUCCCAAGCAGGAAGUCCUGUGCGGUAUUUCACAACGUGGAAACUACUAUACAUAUGUUAGAUGUGAAAGAGACUCCAAUGGUCUAAUCAAGCUUGAGCAAUCGCUUAUUCCAAGCUAAGGGAAAGAAACAGAAGUAGAUGAUUGUGAGAACUGUUCUUACACUUAUUUUCAACUACUAGCUGAUCACAACAUAAUUUCAUUGAGUCUUGGCUUGUUUUAUUCAGACUCUAUGCUGAUUUGCAGGCUUUUGGGCCAACUAUAAGUAUCUUUCAGUUCUGCCCAGUGAUUAAAAAUGUGCUAGCUGCUUGGAACUCAGGGGUGUCUUCCCAAGUCAGUCUGCAAAACGCAUGGCUCUCAUGUCUCAUCCAAAUACAACGUAUUCUUAUUUUUGAAAUUUAUUUGCCCCAAUUUUAAAGACCUUUUUUUUUUCAGAAUUCUAAGCAUGGAGAUGUUCAACACUCGACUGCUUAUAUGACAAAUGAUUAGUAAUGAAUCUGCCAACAAAGAAACAUGGUCCAUUACAAUGAUUAGCAAAGAAAUUUCCUCAAACGAAACAAUAUUUAGUAUUUUGUUUCCAUGAAUGAAAGAAGUUCAUUUGAAGAAUUUUACUCCUUUUAAUUGCUUCUAAAACAAUUAUUUUCCUUACAUUGAAAAAUUCCUUCUACAACAAAACUAAAUAAUUUGAUAUAUCCACCAUACUCAUGUAUUAUAACUAUGAUAACUUUUGUAGUGUCAGAGUUCAUGAAGAGAUCUUACAUAUUAUUUUUACCUUUACCCACUGCUUGAAAAAAUUCUGUUCACUGCCCAUGCUUCUAGGAAUGCUCAACUUCAUGCCAUAGAGAAGUAUUUUUCUAAAACUGGUUAGGUCAGCUAAAGUUCAUAUGGAUAUACCCAUACAGCACUUGAUUAAUAAAUUCCGGUUCCAGAAGUCUACUAGUCACAAAAUACUUAGACCUUAAAAAUAAAAGGAGGAUUGAUUUUGUAUGUGCCAUGAAACAGUAGCUUUUCCCAGUCAACAAUUUCCCAGCUGUUUGUUCUUUCCUAUUUGUCAAUGCUCAAAGCAUCUUAGAGGUAGGAGAUUCUUCUACUGCUUUGUAUAACUAGGAAUAGCAUAGCACAGUCUGAGUAGUUAUUAGGAUCUAUUGUAGUACCUUCUUUAGCUCUAGGUGUUACCAUCAAUAACCAACAAGGGGAUCAGUUGUCUCUCUCUGGCAAGUGUCAAAUGUAGGGAGAAGAUUCUGUCCAAUAGGUGUAGGCUGUGUGACUCCCCAGAGGUGAGCGAUUGUUCAGCUCAGCUGAUGGACUCACUGGACCAGAGACCCAGUCCACCAUGGGGAGCAACUGGUCCAUCUUAUCAGGAGCCCUAGGGUGGUAAGUUCUUAAAAACAACACCAUUAAUCCAUUUUUUUUCUUUCUCAAUAUAAGAUGAACUCUUAAGAAUGCUCCUAUCUCUCUCUCUCUCUCUCUCUCUCUCUCUCUCUCUCUCUCUCUCUCUCUCUCUCUCUGUGUGUGUGUGCUUUUUGCUGGCUUCCAUCCUUGGGGAAUCAGUCACAUUUUCUCAUAUGCCUUCACAGUAUCCUUAGAACUUAAGAAAGGAAAAGAAACCAAUCUCUGCUUUCAAAGAUGAGAAGGGAAGAACAAAGAGGAUAAGGGCACUGUCUAGAACCACACAGGCAAUAAGCAUCAUUUAACUUCAGAUUUCAGUCUGAUUUGAUCUACCCUUGAUCUAGCAAUCAGUCUAUCUGUGAUGUCACUCACAGCAAAAACUUUCCUAUGGUUUCAAAACAGAACUGUUUGCUGCCACAAGUUUGAUGGGAGAGCCUUCCUGGAUGAGGCAGCCGGACCAGUGGGAUGAGGCUAGGUUUCAGAAGCAGGACUUUUAUCUGUUCUCUUAUUUCUUGGAUAUAGGACAGCCAGGUGGAUACUGAGAGGCAGGUGGGUGGACUCUGGACUAACUGGAUGAUGUGAGGGCCAAUGGUAGCUUUGGGAAGGCUGAUGGAGACAUUUCAUGAUGUGUAUUGACACACAACAGUGAGAAUAUAGGAUGUGGGUCUAGGUUUAAGUCAUUAAAGUAAAAUGUUUCUGUGUCAUCAUGGACUCAAAUAAAUCCCCAACUAAAGAAUUAUAUCAUGUAUUCUGCAAAGGUAGCUAAACUUAGGGGAGAUCUGACCACUAAGCUCAUCUCUCUCAGUUAUUUACAGAAACAAUUUGGGUCUAAGGGCAAGGCACUUUUGUGGGUUACCCCGUCUCAUUACUAACAUUGGACUUUCUUUUUCAUUCAUCAAGCCUGACAAAAUGCUGCAACUCGACAUCCCAGCAGGCAGUUUCCACUACUGUACUAACGACUCCAUCUGUUAUGAAGGUCACAACAAUGUAUCUUGUUUUAAAUUUUUCUAUGGAGUGAUUUAUUGUCUUGGCUAUAAAUUUGUAAAGAAAUAAAAUGCUAUUUCUUCAUCGUC